AUGGUACUGCUUGGUAAGCUUAAUGAGCAAGCAAUCGUUGAUAAUCUACGAAAGCGUUUCAUGGCUAAUUCUAUUUUUACAUACAUUGGACCGGUACUUAUAACAGUUAAUCCAUUCAAAGAUAUGCCAUACUUCACGGAAAAAGAGAUGGAAUUGUAUCAGGGAGCAGCGCAAUACGAAAAUCCUCCACAUAUUUAUGCUCUUGCUGAUAAUAUGUUUAGCCAAUGUGUUAUAAUAAGCGGUGAAAGUGGUGCUGGUAAAACGGUUCAAGCUAAAUAUAUAAUGGGAUAUAUUGCUCGAAUAUCUGGUGGUGGACAACGACUUCAGCAUGUAAAAGAUGUCAUUUUACAAUCAAAUCCGUUGUUAGAAUCGUUUGGUAAUAGCGCCACUGUUAGAAAUUGGAAUUCUAGUCGUUUUGGUAAAUAUGUUGAAAUUAUAUUCAGCAGAGGAGGUGAACCAAUUGGUGGAAAGGUAUCCAAUUUUCUACUCGAAAAAUCCCGAGUAGUACAUCAGAGUCAGGGAGAGCGUAAUUUUCAUAUAUUUUAUCAAUUAUGCGCUGGAGCAGACAAAAACUUGAAAACUAAUCUUGGUAUUACGACAUUGGAUUAUUACAAUUAUUUGAAUCACAGUGGUUGUUAUACAGUUGAUGGAAUCGAUGAUGCUAAAGAAUUUAAACAAAUUCUCGUAAGUGAUGGAAUAUUUAAUAGAAAUAAAAAUUCAACAAUGCUGAAAAAUCUUGCUAUGUAA